AUGGGCACACAUGACAUGUCCCCUAAUGCAUCCCACUCGUAUAUUUACAGAGUGUUGAGUGACAUUUUGGAGUUCCCCGAUAAUGAACAGCGCAUGUGGUGGCAUAGCGUGGCACCGAUGUUUGCGGAGAUGCUUCGGGCUUGCGGAUAUGAUAUUCACGAACAGUACAAGAUCUUGGGCAUCUGGAAGAAGGCUGUCAUUCCAUUCUUAGGGUGUUAUCCGACAAAUGACGGACCGCGGUGGUUAAGCAUCCUCACGCGAUACGGGACUCCCUUCGAGCUGAGCCUCAACUGCUCCCAUCGUCUUGUACGAUACACCUUCGAGCCAAUCAACGCUGCAACUGGGACAGACAAGGAUCCUUUCAACACUCAAGCAAUCUGGGAGAGCCUGAGCCAGCUCAGACGUUUGAACGGGGACGUGGAUACGGAAUUGUUCAAUCACUUCAAAGCCAACCUUACCGUGGACAAUGCGGAAUCAGCGCAUCUUGUAGAAAGCAAUCUGGCCGGCUCCAAGAUUAGAACGCAAAACAAGCUGGCCCUUGACCUACAAAACGGAAGUUUUGUGGUCAAGGCCUACUUCUACCCCACCCUCAAGUCUGCGGCAACAGGACGCUCCAUCACGGACCUGAUGCUUUCCUCGGUGAGGCAACAGGUUCAGAAAUGGUCCCCCACUCUGGCGCAACCCUUGUCUGUGCUGGAGGAAUACAUAGAGGCACGGGGACCAGACAGUACAGCUUCCCCGCGACUUCUUUCUUGUGAUUUGAUCAACCCCGAGCGUGCGCGCACUAAAAUCUAUUUGCUGGAACGGCAGGUCUCGAUCGAGGCAAUGGAAGACUUGUGGACUCUGGGUGGUCGCCGGAAGAGUGACUCGGCUUUGGCCGCAUUGGACAUCAUCCGGGAGAUCUGGAGCCUUAUCCAGCUGCCGCCAUGCUUGGCCUCCUAUCCUUCUGGCUAUCUACCUCUCGGGACGGUUCCGGACGAGCAGCUGCCCCUAAUGGUUAACUAUACGCUGCGACCCGACGACCCAAUGCCGGAGCCUCAGGUAUACUUUACAACAUUUGGGCAGAAUGAUUUGCACGUAACCAACGCGCUCACAGCCUUCUUCGAGCGCCAGGGCUGGACGGAGCUCGCUGAGUCUUACAAGGAGAAUUUGCGUGCCUAUUAUCCACACGCAGAUCAGGAGACGGCCAACUACAUCCACGCUUACGUUUCUUUCUCCUACCGUAAAGGCGUCUCCUACAUGAGUGUGUAUCUUCAGACGUUGGAGACGGGCGACUGGCCUAUUACCUACUCCCCCAAGCGGCAAUACCUCUGCAAUGAACAUCCCAUCCAUCUGAAAGAGCUCGCCAAGGCUUGUGCCUAG